AUGAGCUUGAAUUUUGGACUGACGAACAUUAAACCUGUGGCACCAAAAUUUAAAUCCGAAAAAGUUCCAAAACAGAGGCCGACUUUAUCUAGUAGGACAUCCAGUAAUGGCCUUCGAAUUGGUACACCUGUAUCAAAAGUCACUGAUGCUCGUGGCAGACUAGCCGUCCCAAGCCCUCCCCCCGAGGCAGGAAAGAAAAGGAAAGAAAGAGAAAUCAGCGGAAGCCGUAACACUAAGAAAAGCACAACUUCAACUCUUCGAAAAAGCCCCAGUCAACAGCCGUUGACGAGUGAUAGCGAGGAAGAUGAAGAGGUGGCCGUGUCUUCCAAACGGGCCAAGCCAGAAAAUAUCGAGCCUGAUUUGAAGAGGAAUCUGAAGGACAAAAAAGCCUUUUCGACCGAAACCGAUAAUACGCAAGGUUCUACAUGCAGAAUGAUCCACGCGGCCGAUGUUAUGAUGACGAAACGCACGGCUAAGAGCGGCGAGAAAGUUUGCGAUAGAAAGAAGGAAGAGGGCGAUGCGGUCCUUCUAAGAUAUCCUAGUGUCAGUCGAAGAGAAAGAUACCAACUCAUCUCCGAAGGAGAGGUUAUCGAUCCCGCAGGAGAAGAUUUGAUCAACCCUUACGACGAAAUACCUAAGAUUGUGGAAAUUGUCAAGGAUGAAUAUUUGACCGAGGAGCAAGCAGCGGAGUUCGCCCAUCCAGAAACGGGCAUAAUUCGCAAAAUCAACAAAGCGACGAACAAUAUUACUUGGACUUUGUCCACCGCAAAAAAGCCCCACGACAAAGAGAAAAUGAAGGGGCUGCUGCUUGAGUUCAGGAAUGCUGUGGGGGCUUACAAUGACGCGCUCAGCACUCUCACCAAGAAUGGAUCGCUGGCGAAGAACUUGGAAAAUAAGCAUUCGCUAUCGUCUAAGCUUCUCAAGAUGGUUCUCCAGCAAGUUUACGACCGAGCAGUGUCUCCUCAAGUUGACUUGACUAAUAAAUACCAAAAUGGCACGGAUUACGUUUACGGCGAGCUCACAUUCCCGUUCAUAUCCCGAAUUCUCAGGGAAGACACUCGGAUGAAAUCAGAUCAAGUUUUCAUAGAUCUUGGUUCGGGAGUAGGAAAUGUCGUCGUGCAUGCCGCGCUACAAGUUGGUUGCGAAAGUUGGGGCUGUGAAAUAAUGCCUAACUGCUGUAAGCUGGCUUCCUUACAACAGACAGAAUUUUCUGCACGUUGCAGGGCUUGGGGCCUCAGCGCCGGGUCAGUCAACCUCGAGGAAGGAAAUUUCUUGAAUAACGAAAACAUCCUCAAGGUGAUGAAGAGAGCUGAUGUUAUCUUGGUUAACAAUCAAGUCUUCGCACCUGCUUUGAACCAAAGUCUUGUGAACUUAUUUUUGGAUUUAAAAGAGGGUUGCAAGAUUGUGAGUUUAAAAACUUUCGUGCCGGAUGGUCAUGUCAUAAAUUCUUACAACGAACACAAUCCCAUCAAUUUAUUGCGAGUCGAAAAGAAGACCUAUGCGGAAGGUGAUGUCAGUUGGCAUUCCAAUGGAGGAGAUUACUACGUUGCUACGAAGGACAGCACUAUCGUGGCUAACUAUCACAAGACCCCAAAGGAUAGAAAGACACGGGGGAGUCGGGUUAGAUGA